AUGCUUUUUCAUUUCAACUCUUCUUAUUUUCUCUAUUUUUCUUUCGAUAACCUCUCUUUUUUCUUUCUCUCUCUACUCCAACUUUUCUCUUUCUCUUCUCUUCAUUUCUCUUUUACUCGCUCCCUUUCUCUAACUCUCUGCUUUCUCUCUCUACCUGCUUCUCUCCGUCUACCACUUCUCUCUCUCUCUCUCUUGCUUGCUCUCUUUGUCUCUAUUCUCUCUUUUCUUUUGCUCUUCUCUUUAUUUCUCUCUCUUUUACUCGCUCUCUCUCUCUCUUCACUUUUGUUUUCUGCUUCUCUCUGUCUAUCGCUUCUCGCUCUCUCUCUCUCUCGUUGUCUCUCUACACUCUCUUUUCUCUUUCUCUUCUCUUCAUUUAUCUCUGCUUCUCUUUCGUUUACUCACUCUCUCUUCCCCCCUCUAUUUUUUCUCUAUACCUGUUUCUUUCUGUCUACCGCUUCUCGUCCUCUCACUCUCUCUCUCUCUCUCUUUUCCUUUCUCUCUGCUUUUCUCUCUAUUACUCGCUCUCUUUCCCCUCUCUAUACCUGUCUCUCUCUGUCUAGAGUCACUCUUUCUCUCUUUCUCUUUGAUAAAACUAUCGGCCUUUUGCGUGCCUCUGGUCACUCAUUCCUGUCAUUCACUCUCUGUCAUUCAUUCUCUGUCACUAAUUCUCUGUCACUCAUUCCUGUCACUUAUUCUCUGUCACUCAUUCUCUGUCUCUCAUUCCUGUCAUUCAUUCUUUGUCACUCAUUCCUGUCACACAUUCAUGUCACUCAUUCCUAUCAUUCAUUCUCUGUCUCUCAUUCCUGUCAUUCAUUCUCUGUCACUAAUUCUCUGUCACUCAUUCCUGUCACUUAUUCUCUGUCACUCAUUCUCUGUCUCUCAUUCCUGUCAUUCAUUCUUUGUCACUCAUUCCUGUCACACAUUCAUGUCACUCAUUCCAUUCUGUUCAUUCAUUCUCUGUCUCUCAUUCCUGUCAUUCAUUCUCUGUCACUAAUUCUCUGUCACUCAUUCCUGUCAUUUAUUCUCUGUCACUCAUUCUGUCACUCUUCUCAUUCCUGUCAUUCAUUCUUUCUGUCACUAAUUCUCUGUCACACAUUCCUGUCACUUAUUCUCUGUCACUCAUUCUCUGUCUCUCAUUCCUGUCCUCAUUCUUUUGUCAUUCAUUCCUGUCACACAUUCAUCUCAUUCCUGUCAUUCAUUCUCUGUCUCUCAUUCCUGUCAUUCAUUCUCUGUCACUAA